AAAUAUCGUGUUGCCGGUGCAGGCUACAAAACAACUGCAGUCCAUGACCAACAUUUCUCUGCUGUAAGGGGACAUCCGUCAUGAGACAAACCAGCCAGCUUCUCCUGCUGCUCUUCUUGGCAUGCAUCUUGCUACUUCCCAUCCAGGCCCCCGCUGCUGACAAGCUCCAGAAAGGCCAGAACCUCACCGACUCCGGUGGUGACACGCUCGUCUCGGCUGGCGGCUCCUUCACCCUCGGGUUCUUCUCUCCCGGGGUGUCCACUAAAAGGUAUGUCGGCAUAUGGUUCUCGGUGUCCAAUGACACCGUGUACUGGGUGGCCAACCGCGACCAGCCUCUGGUUGAUAAGUCUGGCAUGCUGGUGUUCAAUGAUGCGGCCACCCUUGUCCUGCUCGACGGUGCCCGCCGCACAGUCUGGUCUUCAGACUUCGCCGGCGGCACUUCCGCCUCGGCAGCUCAGCUUCUCGAUUCUGGUAACCUGGUCGUGCGCAACGGCAGCAGUGUGGCCUACCUGUGGCAGUCCUUCGACUACCCGUCAGACACCUUGUUGCCCAGCAUGAAGCUGGGCAAGAACUUGUGGACCGGAACAGAGUGGCAGCUCACAUCGUGGCGAUCGGCCGACGACCCGUCUCCGGGGGAAUACCGCCGCACGUUGGAAACCAAGGGGUUACCGGAGCUCGUCCUGUGGCGUGGCAAUGUCAAGACGCACCGCUCGGGGCCAUAUAACGGGCUUUACUUCAACGGCGUCCCAGAGGCAUCGACGUACAUGAACAUGUACCCGCUGCAUGUGACGGGCCUGACGGCCAGGCCGACGGAGAUAACAUAUGGGUACACCGCCGUGCCUGGCGCACCGCUGACCCGCGUCGUUGUGAACCACACCGGCGUGGCGGAGCGUCUGGUGUGGAACGCCGACACAGGGGCGUGGAUCUCCUUCUUCAGCAGGGGGGCGAGGGACGUCACCUGCGAUGCGUACGGCAAGUGCGGGGCGUUUGGCCUCUGCGACCCGGAGGCGGCAUUGUCGGGGUUCUGUGGCUGCCUGCCGGGGUUCAGGCCCGCAUCGACAUCGGCAUGGCAGAUGAAGCAGUACGUUGGCGGGUGCCAGCGAGACGCGGUUCUGGAGUGUCGUGCCGGGAAGACGACGGACCGCUUCAAGGUGGUGUCUGGGGUGAAGCUUCCUGAUACGCAGAAUGCAACAGUGGACAUUGAUGUCGCUACGCUGGAGGAGUGUGAAGCGAGGUGCUAUGCCAACUGCUCGUGCUUGGCCUACUCCGCAGCCGAUAUCAGAGGCGGCGGCAAUCGUAGCGGCUGUGUCUUGUGGACGGAUGCCAUCGUUGAUCUUCGCCUCAUUGACAGCAAGCAGGAUCUCUAUCUGAGGUUGUCGAAAUCAGAAUUUGGUGGGCCAUCUGUAUCUGUGUUUCCUACUUGGAUUAUUAUAGGUGUAUCUGUAGCCUUGAUCAUCAUUCUGGUUCUCCUUGCUUUCUGGUUUUCCACCAGCAUAGGACAACUCAUAUUAUGGCUAUUAGAAGGACAUGCAGUUUGCCUUUGUAUUAUAAGAAAGGCCACAGGAAAUUUCUCUGAAGAAAAUAUCAUUGGCAGGGGCGGAUUUAGCGAUGUCUACAUGGGGCGGCUAUUCGGUAGAGAGUUUGCUGUAAAGAGGCUCAUACGGGUUCGUCUUACUGAUAAAGGCAAGCAAGAUUUCAAAAGGGAAGUGAAAAUGAUGUCAACGCUCACGCAUGUCAAUCUUGCUAAGCUCCUCUACCAUUGCCGGGAAGGAAAUGAGUGGAUACUAGUCUAUGAGUACAUGGAGAACAAAAGUUUGAAUCGCUACAUCUUUGCAGAACAAAAUGAGGACCGUUCCUCACUGAAUUGGGCGCAAAGACUGGAAAUAAUUCAUGGGAUCGCCGUAGGUGUUGAAUAUCUUCACGGCAUGGGAUUCGUUCACAGGGAUCUAAAACCUGGCAACAUACUUCUCAGCGACACGUGGAAGUCUAAGAUAGCAGACUUUACCACUGCGAAGCUGUUCAUUGAAGAGGAGACAGAUCCGACAGUAGUACUGACACCGGGAUAUGUGGCUCCAGAGUAUUUAUCAGAAGGGACCCUGACGAUCAAGUGUGACGUAUAUAGCUUUGGAGUCGUCUUGCUGGAGAUAGUCACUGGCACAAAGAGGACAGGCAUGCCAACUCUCCUUGUACAUGCCUGGGAAUUGUGGAAUCGUCGUGAUAUUGAGGGGCUUCUGGAUCAAGCAGUGGGCGAACCUGGUGAGCUCUUGUCAGCACUAGCAAGGUGCAUCCAUAUUGCCCUUCUCUGCGUGCAGAAUCCGCACCAAUCACCCGAGGAGGACAGGCCUUCCAUGUCUCAAGUUGUGGCAAUGCUGACCAGCACCAACUCACAGCUCCGUAUGCCAAGUAAACCCACAGCCAACAGGGGAGCUGGCCCGAGCGUACAGCUAAUCUCAGAUGACACCCCUGGGCCGAGCACCAUCUCUCGCUCGGCAUCCCCUGCGGCAAACGCAGUUUAUGAUUCGUGAUCAUUUGGGACUGGAUCCUUCCAGUUUGAAUGCCUUAUCACUCCUUGCAGCUUCAUCAUGACGGUGCAAGCGAAAUAAGCCUUAAAUUGACUACGAGGCCGGAACUUAUGUUUUGAAGUUGAUGUUUUAUUUGUGUACUUUUAACACUGGAUAUCGCCUUUGUUUUCCUGUCUGAAUUUGUACUUGUUCAAACUACGACAGAAAUGUUGAAACUUUCUAAUGUGAAUAAUAGCUGACACACACGCCAGGUAGAA